AUGAGUAACAAAGUUGAUAUAGUUACUGCAAGUACCCGUGCUGAUAUACCAAAUAACAUUAUGGCUUUGAUUGCAGCUAAAUGGAUUAUCAUAUGGAUAUUCUUCAUAACUUUAGAAUCAAUAUCUGGUUUGAAAUGUUUUAGUUGUGAUUCUUAUUUCAUUUCGGGCUGUAUCGAGUUCGAUUCCAGUCAGAGUUUCUUGAUGUCAUGUGACCCAUCUCUUAAACCAGUUUCCUGUCAGAAAAUAGAACGAAAAUUGAAUGGAUCUAAAGAGUAUCGGGUGAGAAGAGACUGUGUUUACCAGGAAUAUGAAGAACAGAUAACUCCUAUCAACAUGGAAUGUCAGGCGACCGGAAGUACCACUGGUGUACACAAUAUGAAUAAAGUAUAUAUAUGUAUACGAGCUGCCAAACAAUAUAUUGUGAUAUUAGAAUUGUAA